AUGCGCCUCUCCCGACGUCUACUCGCGGAGUUGCGAUCCAACUACGAAUACAAACAUCCGUGGCUCCAGACCCUAAAACUAACCCGAUUGACCGACCUCGCCCAAGCAACCGGCAUCCGGUCCGCAGGUCCAAAACCGGCUCUAUGUGAGCGACUUGAUCGCGAAUUCCAGAAAUGGGAUCAGCAGGGAUCGACUAGAGUCGCGGACCAGGGUUGCCUUGAAUCUAAUGGUAGUAAUAAUAAUAAUGCCGAUGGUUUGGGGUCUUUGAGUUCUGGUCUCAGGACCCAGUCUACUUUGGAUGUAGACUUCCAUCGAGGAUUGAGUAUCCUGAGCAUUGAUAUGGGAAUUAAAAAUCUGGCUUAUGCACAUCUUGUCGUGCCGGGGAUUAAAAUGGAUCAUGGCCGGCGCAGACAUGCUUCGAAGCAGAAGCAGCAGCAGGAGAGGAAAGGCACGGAGGCAGAAGAACACCCGCUUCCUAUAUUGAAUGCAUGGCGCCGGAUCGACGUGUCGCGGCUUCCGAGUGACUUUGCGGCCUUGUCGGCGACGGCGAUUGCGACGACAGAGGUGAAGAAGGAAAAGAAGAAGCAUGCCAACAAGUCACUUCCUUGCAGCCCCGAGCACACCUCUUCGACCCUCGUGGAUUCCAUGGUCAAAGAAGACGAGGAAACCGCCAAUGAAAACAGCAGCAAUAGUACUCCCACCCCCAUCGAAGACGAGGAAUUCUAUCCCCUCGCCCUCGCCCCCCGCGCAUACACCAUCGUCACGGAACUCCUGGACGCCUAUAAGCCGACGCACGUGCUCAUCGAGCGCCAGCGCACCCGCAGCUCAGGUGGCUCGUCAGUUCUCGAGUCGACGCUCCGCGUCGGCGUCUUCGAAGGCAUGCUCUAUUCGAUUUUCUUGACGUUAGCACGGGAACGACCGUGGAUGACGGCGCCGGUGGUAGUCCCGGUGGAACCGCAGCGGGUGGCGCGGUUUUUGGCGCAGAAAUGUGAGGAGGACGUGCAGGGGUAUCGGAUUAGGAGUAUUGAGACGGAGGGAGAAGAGAGUGUGGAUGCUAAAAAAGAUGAAAAAGAAGGAACGGGAAGUGCAGACGAGAAUAACAAUAAGAAUGAGAAGCGGAAACGGAAACGGAAGGGGAAAGAGAAAGAGAAGGAGGAGCAGAAGAACUCAGAGACCCUUCUCCUCCCAGAGAAGACAAAGACACCGAAACUAAACAACCGACAAACGAAGAUCAUGAAGAUUGACCUGGCAGGCUUGUGGCUGGCCUCAACACAUCAAUCCCAUCAUUCGGGAUUCGAUGCAUCCCCCGUUUCAACCAUCGUCGACAACUCCGCCGUCUUCGUCUCCCAAUCCAAGUUGGAAAUCGCCCCGGACGGCCUCCUGCACCGCUGGGUCGAUGCAUAUCUCAACAAAUGGCCCGGACUCGGCAAGGGCUCCUCUCGUCGGCGAUCUCCGAAACGCAAGGUCCUGGAUAGGAAGACACUACACGAGGAUGAGGUCUUGCGCGAGGUUCCGAAACUGGACGAUCUGGCGGACUCGCUGGUCCAGGGGGUUACUUGGCUGGAUUGGAUGCGGAUGAGGCAACAUGUGGUGCGCGAGGGAGAGAGUAUGUUGGUGCUCAAUGACGGGAAGCCGAAGAAGAAAGAGUAG